AUGAAGAGAAUUUUUAAUUAUUUAUUACCUAGGGCCGGCCAUCAAGCAGAACCAGCCGGCCAACACCAAGCAGAACCAGCCGGCCAACACCAAGCAGGACCAGCCGGCCAACACCAAGCAGGACCAGCCGGCCAACACCAAGCAGGACCAGCCGGCCAACACCAGAAGGACCAGCCGGCCAACAUCAAGCAGAACCAGCCGGCCAACACCAAGAAGGACCAGCCGGCCAACACCAAGCAGAACCAGCCGGCCAACACCAAGCAGGACCAGCCGGCCAACAUCAAGCAGAACCAGCCGGCCAACACCAAGCAGAACCAGCCGGCCAACAUCAAGAAGAACCAGCCGGCCAACAUCAAGCAGGACCAGCCGGCCAACAUCAAGCAGAACCAGCCGGCCAACACCAAGCAGGACCAGCCGGCCAACACCAAGCAGAACCAGCCGGCCAACACCAAGCAGGACCAGCCGGCCAACACCAAGCAGGACCAGCCGGCCAACAUCAAGCAGGACCAGCCGGCCAACACCAAGCAGAACCAGCCGGCCAACACCAAGCAGGACCAGCCGGCCAACACCAAGCAGAACCAGCCGGCCAACACCAAGCAGGACCAGCCGGCCAACACCAAGCAGGACCAGCCGGCCAACACCAAGCAGGACCAGCCGGCCAACAUCAAGCAGAACCAGCCGGCCAACAUCAAGCAGGACCAGCCGGCCAACAUCAAGCAGGACCAGCCGGCCAACAUCAUGAAGAACCAGCCGGCCAACACCAAGCAGGACCAGCCGGCCAACAUCAAGCAGGACCAGCCGGCCAACAUCAAGCAGGACCAGCCGGCCAACAUCAAGCAGGACCAGCCGGCCAACAUCAUGAAGAACCAGCCGGCCAACACCAAGCAGGACCAGCCGGCCAACAUCAAGCAGGACCAGCCGGCCAACAUCAUGAAGAACCAGCCGGCCAACACCAAGAAGAACCAGCCGGCCAACACCAAGCAGAACCAGCCGGCCAACACCAAGCAGAACCAGCCGGCCAACACCAAGCAGAACCAGCCGGCCAACACCAUGAAGAACCAGCCGGCCAACACCAAGCAGAACCAGCCGGCCAACACCAAGCAGAACCAGCCGGCCAACACCAUGAAGAACCAGCCGGCCAACACCAAGCAGAACCAGCCGGCCAACAUCAAGCAGGACCAGCCGGCCAACAUCAAGCAGGACCACCGGCCAACAUCAUGA